UGUGAUUCAUGGGGUCGCAGAGUCGGACACGACUGAGCGAAUGAACUGAACUGAAGAAGGGUACAAUUUUCAUUUCCCUGACCUUACAAAUUUAUCAGGAGGAAGUUUUAAAAGAAAAAAAUAUAACAUUGUAUUAAGUUCAAUGUGUGGUGGACAGUUGAGAAAUUGUGUGUUAUCUUUGCUCGGAAAUUAAAAAUAGCAUUUCCUUUGAGGUUUUCGACCAGUGGAUGAAACUGUGAACCUGUUGUAUGUACCUUGAGUGGACCAUUUGAGGCCAGUUUCUGAUUAGCAGUGGGUUUAUUAUUCUUCUCUUAUUGCAUAUUUAAAAAAACAAAACAUAAAAUUUUACAUACGCAUCUACCCACAUUUGAAGAUGCAAGAUGAAGAAACAUACAUGACCUUGAAUACACAGUUGAAGAAAAGGAGUUCUAUCCGAACAUUUCAAUUUAAAUGUCAAGACUGUUCUGUGAUGUCACACCGAUAUAAAAUCUUAUUGGGGAUAUCUGGAGGACUAAAUGGCAUUCUGGUUUUGACUUUGAUCACCCUGAGUCUGUUAGUUUCUCAGGAAGUGCUGCCAAAAUGCCUAAAAGAGUAUAAUUCAAACAUCACCCAGCAUGAUGAUAUUGGAUACUUGGAAGUCAAUAGUGACACAAGAGGCAAUAUACAUAAGAAAGAUGCAGGACACUGUGUUUCUAGAGCUACAGGUCAUAAAGGAAUGUGCUCAUCAGAAUGGCUGAAAUAUCAAGAAAAGUGCUAUUGGUUCUCUAAUGAGAUGAAAAAUUGGAGUGACAGUUAUAAGUAUUGUUUGGGGGAAAAAUCUCAUCUACUAAUUAUUCAGAACCAACUUGAACUGGCUUUUAUACAGAAAACUCUAAAACAAUCAAACUAUGUGUGGAUUGGGCUUAACUUUACUUCCCUGAAAAGAACAUGGACCUGGGUGGAUGAUUCUCCUUUGGAUUCAAAGAUAUUUUUCAUAAAAGGACCAGCUCAAGAAAAUAGCUGUGCUGCUGUCAAAGAAAACGGAAUUUACUCUGAAACUUGCAGCAGUGUUUUCAAAUGGAUUUGCCAAUAUUAAAAUUUUAAAAGUGACAGUGAGUUAUCAAGGAUCAAAGUUUCGAUCUAACAUGAAUCUUUAGGAAUAAGAAUUUAAAAUUGCAAUUAAACACCCCCUGGCUUCUCUAUUUUCCCUCAGUCAUGUUCAUGGGUCCUAGUCACAGAGUAACUCAUGUUAACAGUCUAAAAUAUACCCUCUGAUUCUUUGUGUGAUAAUAUAAUCCAAAGUGAACCCAUACAUUUAUAUUCAUGAUGUAAUUCAUCUUUUCUUUUACAACAAAUGUGAGUAAAUUAUGUCUGCUUUUCUGUUAUUUUGCUUUUUUUUAAUUGUUAACAAUAUCCUAUGCAAAUUUCAUGUAGUUCUGAGUUACAUCAUAGUGUGACUUCCUAUGGGGCUUCCCAGGUGGCACUAGUGGUAAAGAACCUAUGUGCCAAUGUAAGAGAAGAUGUAAGAGACACAGGUUCAAUCUCUGGGUCUGGAAGAUCCCCUAGAGGAGGGCAUGGCAACCCAUUUCAGUGUUCUUGUCUGGAGAAUCCCAUGGACAGAGGAGCCUGGCAGGCUGUGGUCCAUAGGGUAGCACAGAGUCAGAUACAACUGAAGCGACUUAGCAUACAUGCACAUGGCUUUAUAUUUUACACUCCUUUAUUGAUGAACAUUAACUUUAACUUUUUUUUUCAGAUUUUUGCUUCUAUAAACUAUGAUGCAGUAUUCUGAAUAUCUGUUUAAAUGGUAGCAUUUUUAUUUCUAUGAUAUAAACUUUAAAACUGGAUAUUCUGGGUAAAAAAGUGUUAAUGUUUUUGGUUUGCUGCUGACUUUAUGCAAUUUUUAUCUAAAUUUAGAAACUAUCACAAACUUAUAAGAAUCCUAUAUGUACAGUGGAAAAAACUUACUUUUUCCCCAAACCUUUUGAGAAUUAGUUGCCAAUUUGAUGAAUUUCAUUAUAAAAUUUCAAGUAUCAUUGGAUAUUUUAAUAUGUAUUUCCUACAAAAUAUAUAACCUACUUAAUUAAAGUACAAUUAUCAAUCAACAAAUUAAUACUGACACAGUACUACCAUCUCUAAGUCUCUAUAACAUUUGCCAAUUGUCAAAUACUGUUCUUUUGAGUUAAAUAUCCAGAUCAGAAAUAUUUUCUGCAUUUAGUUACUUUGUCUAAUCUCUCAACAUCUAGAAGACUUCCUUAACCUUUGACAUUCAUAAGCUGAUGCUUUUAAAUAUUACAAGCUGGAUAUCCUGAAAAAUGUUCUUCAAUUUAAAUUUGUUUGAUUAUUUCUCAUAGUUAUAUUCAAGUUAUGUCUCCUUGGCAGGAAUAGCAGAGCAAUAAUGCAGUGAAGCUUUGUUCAUUCUUUCAGAGGAUGAAGUUUUUUGUUCCAUUGUUAUGAUGCUUACUUUGUUCACAUGGCUAAUAUGGUGCCUAUUAAUGGCAACCCACUCAAGUACUCUUGCCUGGAGAAUUCCACGGACAGAGGAGCCUGGCAGGCUACUGUCCAUGGGAACACCAAAGUCAGACAUGACUGAGCGACUUUCACUUUCAUUUUAUCAGACUUCAUUGUAAAGUUUCUCUUUUAUCUUUGUAAUCAAUUAAUAUUUUGUUGUUGUCUACCAUUCCACCACUUCUUAUUUAUCCUAGCACCCAUGGCCUGACCUCUAGAAAUUCUGAGAGCCUGGAUUAUUACUAAAGCUCCUUUCCUUGUUGGAGAUUGAAUUUUUUCUCCUCAAUGCUUCAUGACUCUCAAAACGCUACUCUGCUUUUCACAUUUUUCUUGUUAGCCUCUUUCCCUGUGAAGUUUAGUAAUUUGGCAAGUAGCUUGAAGGAAAAAUAUUAAGCUAAAUAUCUUUGGCCCUCUUUUGUCUUCAGGAUUUUUUCAAGUGAAUUGACAGCAAUUUUUAUCUCAACUAGGACAGUGUCUGCUGGCCAUGGCCUUCUGCCCGGAUUCUGAGCAGGUGACUCUUCACCAAGAUACUGCUAGGAGAAGAGUAACUCCCAAAUUAUUUUUUUUACGUCUUUGAAUCUUUCCUGUUUCUUCAUUUACCUUGAAAACUUUCCAAUGUUUUAAAAAAAUUUUGUUUGUUUGGAUCCUGCUGUUCUAAUUUUUCUCAGCAUCAGCUAGUCUCUAUCAACCUGCAUUAUUAAAGACAGAAGUACAUAAGAACUUCCAAGUUUAUCCUUUUUACAUCAUUUCAAGAUUUUGUUGUCAAAGAGAAAAGGAAGUAAACCUUAAUAAAUUUCAUUUUAUUGGAAUUCCCAGUUGACAGAGCUCAUAAUUAUCAUUAUUAUCAUGGUGUGAUAACAAAAAGCUACAGUUUAUUAUCACUUGCCAUGAUCCAGAAACAUUGAAAAAAGAUGUAAAUGUGUCUCAAGUAAUUGGUCCAACUACAUAAUGAAGCUGUUAUUAUUACUUUUAUUUUAAGAUGAGCUUUUUGAUUGAGAGACAAAGUAAAUUUGUUCUCAAAUUGGUCACAGAAUCCAUGAUUAAAUGAUCUCAUUUGAAAGUUAGUUUGAAAUUAAGGCAGCAAAUAAAUGUUAGUGUUGACUCAUGGCAUUUCUGGGUUAGUCACAGAGUCUGUGAAUGUAAAGUUCCUCAAUUUCACAUUGCUGUAACCACUCCUGAUUCUUAGGAAAGUCAUUAAAAAGUAAUAGUCCAUAUCAUUGAUAUGGUUAUUCACUUACCAAUUAGAACAUG